CAGCUGCAACACGGCACAAGCAGCAGACCACCAUGGAGAGAGUGUCGUCUGCCCACUCAUUCUGACAGAGAGGAAAUGCUGUGUAUGUGUUAGGACCAACACUGCAAUAAUAGUUUCCGUUACAAAGGUAAAACAGAGUGUACGUCUGCACAUCGCUGUGGACGAGAGUCUACGCUUGCACAUGGAUGCAUUUUGCAUGCAUAUUGAUAGACCCAUAAUGCAUGUGAGACAUGACCAACGAGGCCCACUGGGAUAACUCAACCAGAAUGCACAGCAUGGAGCCAACAGCCAGCUGUUCCCCCACAGUUCCAGAGCCAGAACUCUACCGCAGCAUCCAGGCUGUGUUGCCCAGGGAAACAGACAACCAGCAGUCGCCUGACUGUUUCAACAAAGGCAUGCUGAGAUGGACACUUCAUAAGAAGGUCCAAAACAAUCCUGCCAACAGCUUAGCUCUGGUGUGGUUGCUGAUAAAAGAGCUGGAAAAGGCUGAGAGAUGGGACUCUCGCAAAUGCAUCAUACCUCUGCUCCACACACUAAUGUAUGCCAUUAUUCAGACAGCCUACAUUCCAGAUGAGCUGUACAAGCGUGUUUAUGACUUUUGUAAGAAACUCCUGACCUACCCUCAUCCCUACUGCACUGUAGGCCUCAGCUACACAAGACAGAUAAAAACUGAACGCUCCAUUCCAGGUCUGAUGUACCAGAGAAUGGUCACAGCAGAGCAGCGACUAAAAAAUGAGCACUAUCCCUUUCAGGAAAGGGUCUUUGUUCUGGCUGACCCAGAAGUCUUCUCUGGUUCUUUGGGGCAAGUCCUGUUGGGUGAUAUUGAGACGUCCGCAUCAGUUUCAGAUGGAUCUCUGAGUCCUCUAGAUUACAUGUGCAGGGUGGUCCAACACUCCAUACAGGCUGCUUUAGGAGCAGAGCAGUGCAACGGGCCGAAACUGGCCCAAGCUCUAAAGGACAUGGGUCAAGACGUUGAGUCGCACUUUCAGGAAGUGUUGGCGUCUCUUGAGCAGAGGGCGGAAGAGAGCGGCAGAGGGGAGGAGGGAGCGCUGAGGAGCCGUCUUCAGCAGCUGUACAACAAGAUUGUCACCGACACAGACUCAGAGCCAUUGUCCAGUGGAGGACUGUGUGACUGCCCUCUUCCUAACCCAGAGAUGAGCUUCUACCUGUGGACGGAGGAUCUGGAUAUCUGGCGAGAGCUGGCCAAGUGGUUUCGAUCCAGCUCCUUGUCGGAUCAGUUUUCCCUCAUCCAGGAGCAGGAGGACUUUGAGCUGGGUGAGUCUCCCAGCGACCUGAUGCCAUCUGAUAUGACGCGCUUCUCCGUCAUGUCCAACGACAGCGGCAUCGAAAGAGACCUGCCCCCCGGUGUUGAUCCCUCCCCAUCGUCAUCUCUGGACACCGCCAGCAUGAGUGCAUCAUGGGAACAAUGCAAAACAAGUAAGCAAGAGUCGAUGAGGCUGUCACGGCGUGGAGGCAUCAAGAUGAAACCGUCUGUGAAGGACAGUAUGGUGCUGAUGCAGGAGACCCUGGAGGAUCACGCAAGCCUCGGAGCCGGAGUAGGAGGAGGAAGUGGAGGUAGGGUAGGAAGAAGAGGGGCAACUCUGCAGAGGCGGGCAGGAAGCAGUGCGAUGCAGAACCCCUUCCUCAAGCAGCAGAGACAGUUUACUGCCAGGAUAGUCGCCAUGGGAGACGACAGGGUACUGGGCCGCCUGGCCAAGGCAUACUAUUUCUUCAGGAAAAGGGAAGCACGGAGGCUUUUUCUUACAAUGAAAGUAAACCUCCAGUUUUACUACAUCCCUGUUUGCAGGGCCACAACUCCCAUCUCCUCUAUCAAGGAAAACCUUCAUCAGUCCAUGGGGAAUCCCUGCACUCUUGGUUCCUACUUGAGCAUGGUGGACCCGUGGUACAACUGUAACAUCAAGAGUUUAGGCUGCAUGAUCCCCAGACUGGCUAAGAUGCACCAGACGAACCCAGGGAGGCCAAAAGAGCCUUUCGUGUCUGAUGUCAUUUCCUACUACGUUCGUACCGGCCAGCAGCCUGUCUACUUCACCAUAUACUUUGUUAAGAUCACAUUCACCAACACGGCAAAGGAUCCUGUGGAAGAUGUGUUUCUUACUCAUCUAGAAAUGGAGUUUCCUGAGUUCCGACAGAUCUCAGCGUCAAUUAGAGAAAAGCAGAAGAAGAGCUUAGGGGAUCUAUGCGGGGCUGUUAUCUCGAUGAAUUACAGAAAGGUGACAUUAAGUGGCCGAGACGUUGACAAAGGAAUCUCAGUCAGGACAACAGGCGCUCAGAUCAAUGCUAUUCCUUCCAAUAAAGCAGAAGAUCUGAACUGUUUGACAAUGACAUUGAAUGAAUCUCCAACAAAAACUAAAAACAACAUUGUGGAGUCAAAGUUUCGGUCCAGCAACAUUAAGAUUCGCACUUUGGAGAGUCGAUCUUUCACUGUUACACUGGACAGAGAUUUUCGCAGGACCUACAAAGACGUGCAGAGCAUCGAGAUCUCCCCGUGUCUUGAUCCCGGAUACUGCGUCCAGAAAACCAUGAGGUCCAAAUACAAGGUGGGAGCGGACAAAGACGCUGGACUGAGCAAAUACAUGAGCAAAAGACUUCUUCUACCAAUCAACACAUUUGCUGGCAUCAUCACCUGACGUGGUGGAUUAACCCCACAGAGAAACCGUGAGAAUUAAGACCAGCCACGCUAUGUUUUGAUGGUGGAAUGGUUGUUCCUUCUGCCUUCAGAAGUCCAAUCUGACAUAUCAAAGGACAAAAGGAAUCACCUUUGAGCCAUACUGAGCUGCUCUCAAACCAUUUUUUUUCAGGACUGACUGGCAUGUAUGGAAAAAGACUUUACAUCAAAAGCAACACAUACCGUAUUCGUCGCACUUCUUGCGGCUAAAUAACCAGUUGACUUCUUUUACAGUAACAGGAACAAAAUGGUAUUACACAUUAGGGUGUGACCGAACUCCUUACAGUGUUUCUGUACCACUGUACAUAUAUUUAGAAGGUCAGUAAAUGUAUGCAGAUUAGAUUGCCAAAGAACAAUACUGCCUUUGGCACUAGAGAGAGCAACAGUGGAAAAUUAGUAAGCAAAGGUAUGUACCUGUAGACAUUAAAGAUUUCAGGGCUACUGAUAUUUGGAUAUUUGAUAUUUCACUAAUAAUUUGACGUCAUAAAAAAACUCCAAACUCUGAAAAUCUGUUUCUCCAAGUCACCACUUGGUGAGGCAGAUUUGAAGGGUUGACAGUUACUCUACUUCAUAGACACACUACCUUUUAUUACCUUAUUGUCACACACACAUACAGUGCACACAAAAGAAUACAGACUCGCCUGGCCUGUCAGCAUCUAUAACGUACAGAUUGUUAAAAGACUGGUAUGAGGAUGGCUGGCGAUUACUUUACCUGUUGCCUUUGUCUUAGCUGAAUCAUUCAAAUAAGUUGGUAUUCCCGUACCUGUUGCAUAAUGUAAUUUGUCAAGAAGGUGCAAGUGAUUGACAUUAGCCAUGUGUCAGGAACUACUACACAACAGAAGCAGCGUUUCUCUUUUACUGUCUCAGACAGACGAGGGGAUCAUGCACACACUGAGCUGCAUGAAGUAACCUGACUUCAAGCCACUGUCUACGACCAAGACAUGCAAGAUUCUGGGUACACUCAAAUGUAUAACUUGUACACAUGCCUGCAAAUGUUUUAAAUGUAUCAGCCACAAGGUGUGAAAAUCACCUCUGACCCCCCGCCCCCAUCCACUCACUGUGGUGCGUUGGAUGAUAAAUAUGGUAAAUUGCAUCUUUUUGCACUAAAACGGCAAGGCUUUUUUGUUAAGUCCCUGUGGGAGUGGAGCAACAGUGUGUAAAGCAUAUAAUUAUGACUACAUGUGUUAUUACCUAACGUUUAACACAACUAUUGGUUCAAUUGUCAUUUAUUAAAAUGUUGCUUUAGCCACAUAACUAUUAGAUAACACACACCCAAGAAUGGCUCCGGAGCCUUUUUUUUUGUAUCCCCACAGGUAUGAUCUCAGGCAAUAAAGGUCAACAGCCUCAGGAACUUGAAGUGUGUGUGUGUGUGUGUGUGUGUGUGUGUGUGUGUGUGUGUGAGUGUGUGUGCGCGCGCGCGUGUGUGCGUGCGUGUGUCUGCUGGCCUAGCGGUAAAAUCAUGAGAAAUUCAUGGUACAGUUUGCACAUUAUUUGUCAUCUAAUGUCAUAUAUGAAGACGAUGCCAUUAAAAUCAAAAUGUAAGUGUGUAAAUAAAUUAUUUUGUUUUGUAAAACGGUCCUUUUGUUUUAUGAUAAAGGUGGUUAAUCUCAAUGCUUUGAAUAAACAACGACUUACUUAAGA